AUGGUGUUUUUAGAUGAGGGGUCUAUUGCCGCCGCUGCUUUCACGCAGUUCACCACUGUCCAUCAACAUUUGCUCAACGUGGUAAUUGGCAAGAGCGCUCUCAACAGUCCUCUUAGUGGAGGGGGAAUGACCGGAGUCCUGGACUUGUUAGCUUUUCAGCCUGAGUUGGAUCCUGUCCAAUCCACUGAAGAUGCUGCCAAGGCUGAAGCAGAUUAUGCCACGUUGGUGGGAUUGGUGAAUACAUUUGCCAGUAAUCUUCAUACCAAGAUGAAGGAGCCUUGGAUGGCAAAAUGGACACAAGGUUUCCAGUCGACCCUCAAGGAGACAGCGGCUAUCAUUGAUAAUCUCGGAUCGUAUCUUCAAAGCGCCACUCCUGAUGGCAUUGCCGGAGCUACCACUACUCAGCAGCGAGAGGGGAUGUUCACCAUCGUAAACGGGCCACUUGAACUUAACUAA